GCUUAUUUAGAGGAGGACAUCAUCGAUGAAGCGUCAGUUAAAGACCUCUCUCAAAGGGAAGCAGAUGCACCAAUAUUUUCAAAACUACAUAUAAGUUAUGGUAAAGCAGUUACAUUCAAAAAGGAAUUUGGAAUGAAUGCAUCAAAGUCGAGACCAAGUUCUCCGCCUUCAGCAGUCAAACCUACAAUGGCUGACAUUGCCACUUUUACCCCAGAGUUGAGACGUCUAUAUUUGUCAAAGUAAGUUCUUGUGCAAUUGUGGCAACAUUUAGAGCAACUUUAUAAAGCCUGGAAUCCCAAGUUUGAAGUAAUUUUAGGGAUUCUAAUUUUGAGCCCCCUUAUCCCCAGGAGAGAAGGCUAGGGGACAUUGUUUCAUUUGAAGCUAAAAGGAUUUGCAGUUUUAUUAGAGAUGAGGGUUUUGAUGGAUAGCUGGGGGGUAUUUGUUACAUAUUCUGAUUUUUGGGGGGAAAUGAACAUUAAGUUUCUGCACAAGAUCAGCCAGCCAUGUCAGUCUAUAACAAGACAAGAAAUGGGCUGUGAUGUGACGUUUUACAAAUUCAGUGCCAUUUGUGGCCCAACUUGACAAUAUUUCUGGACAAUGAAUACCAAUUUAACAUAUGAAGUGACUAGCAUAAUCAGGUGUAAAUAUCUUAUUUAUAUAUGAUGGGGCUCAGAACUGAGAGGGUUGUCAUUGAAAGCAGUUAUCAGAAUAAGUACACACAAUUUUUCUCCCCCGUUUUUUCCCUUGUUAUACAAAUGACACAAUGAAAAGGGACACUGACCAGAUUGAAAGUAGGUUUAUUUUUACCAGAUUUGUCUAUAAAAACCGGUUAACUAUUUGUUUAAAAUUCAAUGAUUUAAAGAUUAUACUACUUCUUUAAAAUUAAAUUAUUUGUUGCAGACGAAAGAUGAUUGGUACAAAAGCAACGGAGAAGUGGGGCACGAAAUUUCCAAAAUUUAACACCCCGCAAGCCAAGCUGGAACUGAGUGAGUUCUCGGCACAGCUAGAACCAGUUUGUGGUAUCCCUGAUGUCGGUUUUAAUGCAGAAGGAAUUGCUAAGCACAUUCAAAACUUUUGCAAUGAACAACGACGUUACCAAAAGUUAAAAACUUCAAACUCAAAGGUAAAUGCGCUACCCUUAUGAAUUUUUUUUGCUGGUUCAUGCUUAGUAUUUUGCCGCAACAAUCACUUGUCACAAUAUAGGAUGAAAUUUUACUCAUUGACCUGUCAUCAGAAAAUAACAUUGUAUGCUUCCAAAAUGUAUCCAUACACACCCUAAGAAAUUAAAGAUUAAAAAGUUGAGUUAUGGACAAGAGGUUUAAAAGUUAAAUGCAUUAAGCUUAAAGUGAAAUUUGUUUGGAGAGUGAGAGUUGCUGAUGUUCAUGUAUAUGGAUUGAUAUCUUUCAGCUGAAAACAAUCACUUAAUUGAUAUUUAUUACAAAAGUUAUAUUAAUUUGUAACAGGACCCUGUCACAAAGGUUACUGCAGAAGAGGAACACGUGAAAAUUAAGAAGAAGAAAAAAAGGAACUUGAAGGAAUUGCAUACACACAAGGUUAGUACACAUGCUUAGUUAUUAUUUAUUGCUUGAUAAAUAUUCUAAGACUGCCCAUCCCUGUUGGACCCUUAAAUUUUUUAGGUUACCGUAAGUGAUGUAGUGAGCUGAUAGCAUGUUGGGCUUUCAGUUAGAAGACCCAAGGUUCUAGCUUGGUCCCUGCAUGGCAUGCCCAGUGGUUAAAGACAAGUUAAGAAACCUUACUCCAAAAUGUCCCGUGCGGUUGUCCUUACCUUGCUAAAAUUAAUUAAUCAUGCACACAAGGCAUUUGAUGUAUGACUUGUACUUUCAAAUGAGAAUGAGAGAUAUUUCAAAAAAUUAUUUUAACAAAAAUUAAUCAGUGUGCUCUUUAAAAUAUUAAAAGACAAAGAUGAUUACCUUGAUGCAACCAUGUUAAUCCAAGAAAUAAUACUGCAAAAUCCUAAACCUUAACUUCUUCACAACUUGCAUUUAACAGAUUUGUCUUUCUUGAUUUUGACUUUUUUAAAACAUAUUGUUUUUUUCUUUUCUCUUUGUUUUUUACUAACAGGUGAUAAUUUAUCUGUUUUGUUAAAUAAUUAAUUUGGCAUGCCACGACUAGAGUUUUUGGCUAACUGCAUGCCAAGAAAUUGUGAACAAUAUUAUGGUACUGAAUGUUUUGUCAAGUGGAUAAGAGUUAAUUUCCAACCCAGUUACCAUUAACUGUGUGAUUGUGUUCUUUCUUAUGACCAGGAUCUCAGUGAAACUGAUGAAUCAGAUGGUGAGAAAUGUGACAAUAAAUCAGUAUCCUCAAAUAAAAGUGGAGAACAAGAUGAUCUUAGCACUGGGCAUGACACGGAGAUUUUGAAUGAGUCAAGUGAUGAACAUGAGACUCCAAAAGCAUCGGUGGACAAAAAAGAAUGCACACUUGACUCGUGGCCAUUGAAGACAAAUCAGGUCAUUGUCAAAGCAGUUUUUAGUAGACUUAUUUCAAGAGAUGAUGCAGCUGGUGUUCUCAAGAAAAAGUUCAGUGUGCAACAAAAAAAUUUGACAGCCUUGUCUCCUAUUCAAGUCUUGGGCGUCUUGGCCAAGAAACUGGUUAACAGUGGAUAUUGUACAAUUUCUAAUAUGGAGAACAUCAACUCUUUGAAAAUGAGUGAUCUCUCAGUCUCAAAGGAAAUUGAACUGUAG